GAGGAGUCGUUCGGGGCCAAUGGCGUUGGCGGUCGACAAAAAGCGGUCGACGUCGACAUCUUCAGCGAAGGCAGCGUCGAGGACGACUGCCAGGAGGAGGGCGACUGGCCCAAGUGGCACCCCGGAGAGCAAGUUGCACAUUCGGCCACGGGCAUUCAGUUCGUUCGCGCGCUCAAGUUGCAGGCCUUCCACAAAUCCCAAAAGGCGCGCGAUGAGAGGCGCGCCGAGUGGCGCCUGCAGUUGGACGAGAUCGAGGAGACCAUCAAGUCCGACGGCCACGGCGGCAAAAGGAAGGCCAAGUCCAAGGAAGAAUUUGGGGCGACGACGGCAUCACAGAGGAGAAUGGCCGCGGCUGUCGACAAGAAGAAAGUCAAGUUGAUGGAGAAGUUCGAGGGCGCCUUGACGCCGUUGUCUGGGGCCGACAUGCCGAGCGAGCGGAAGCACCCGCUCGAG